GUGAACCCAGCGGAUUUUGAAAACCACUCCUUUAUGGUGGAGAUGACAUUUGUGUUCAGCAUGAUCUGGUCUGUAUGUGCCUCUGUGGAUGAGGACGGGCGCAAGAAGAUUGACAGUUACCUCCGAGAGAUCGAGGGCUCCUUCCCCAAUAAGGAUACAGUAUAUGAAUACUACGUGAACCCCAAGAUGCGGGCUUGGUCAUCAUUUGAGGAGAAGCUCCCCAAGAGCUGGCGCUAUCCUCCAAACGCCCCCUUCUACAAGAUCACGGUGCCCACCGUCGACACCAUCCGGUACAACUACCUUGUGAGCACCUUGGUGGCCAACCAGAACCCUGUGUUGCUGGUGGGGCCCGUGGGCACGGGGAAGACCUCCAUAGCCCAGAGCGUGCUCCAGUCCUUGCCCUCCAGCCAGUGGUCGGUGCUCAUCGUCAACAUGUCUGCGCAG